CAAGUUCGCACACUAGCUAAUCAUGUUGCUUUGAACAAUUAUGACUAGUAGAGUGGCAAACAGUCCCUUCCUACCCUUGGUUCUCCCUAUCAAAAUACUUCUUAAACCUGACCUCAAUCUCAGUCAACGUAAGUUGAACAUUGCCUACUACUUGCCACAGAGUGCUCCAUCAUUAUACAUAUCUCAAGCAUCCCUUUACACUCAUUAUCAUAUACUCUCAUUAGUAUCAUACAAUAUGCCAUACACGGUGGCACCUACAGAAACCACUUAUAUUGACUAUAGCCCAAUCGACGUAUAAAAUGUCCCCAUCACCGACAUCUCCUUCCUCAUCACCACAAAUCCGACAAGAACCUACCACCCACUUCUAUCCCUCUUCAUCCCCAUCUCCACCUCCACCUGACUCGAUGACCCAACAUCAUAAGGGUAACAUUGAAAAUCACCUCGACCGCUAUGAGAGAUCCACCUCUCUAACCGGGAGCAUCCGCAUUACCGUUGAAUCUUCCUCCCCUUCCUCUCACAGCGAGGUGAAAUCGAAAUCAUCUUGGCUGAGACGUUAUCACGACUAAAUAUACGGAUUUGAUGUCUGUUUGAAUGAGUGAUCAAUGGUUGUAUUGUGCUCCAGUUAAGACUACAAUAGUAUUGUUAGGUGGCUACUACCUAGUUACUAGUUAUGUCGAGCUUAACGACCAAUAUACAGGUAAUAGUUAUUUUAUCAUACAAA